CCAUGUAAACCAACACCAUCUGAAUUUGUUUAUGCAUACAUGAAGAUUGCAGAACAUAGACAUAAUCUGCAUGGUCCAAGUUUUUAAGAAACUUGCUGAUGGUGGUGGGGACACUUCAAGCUUUUUCAAUCCUAUAAAUGUAAACUCUCUAUCAAAAACCAACCCAAGUUCCACUUGAAACAUCCUUUUCCCUUCCAAGAGCCUGCCUGCAAGUGUUCAAAAACAUUUUGGGCAUGCAGCCUGGUGAAAUUGAGAGUCUCCACUAUCUUCUUUCAUCCGCCCCAUCUCUACAUUCUUCUCAAUUUAACAUGUCCCAGGACAGAACAAACAGGGUGCAUCUCAAUCAGUUUUCUAAUCCCUAUACAAAAUUUCAAUAUCCUUAUCAAGUGCAAGAUAUGAAUCCACCACCCUUAAGCAGUAACUCAACUUCUGAUGAAGCAGAAGACCAACAACUAAGCCUCAUCAAUGAGAGGAAACAGAGGAGGAUGAUAUCUAAUAGAGAGUCCGCACGCCGGUCACGAAUGCGCAAGCAGAAACAUUUGGAUGAGCUGUGUUCUCAGGUCCUUUGGCUUCGGAAUGAAAACCACCAGCUAAUAGACAAGUUGAACCAAGUCUCCGAGUGUCACGAUCGGGCUCUACAGGAGAAUGCUCAGCUUAAGGAGGAAGCAUCUGAACUUCGUCAAAUGCUCAGGGACUUCCAACUCCAUAAUCCAUACCUACCAUGAAGAGAUCUCCUCCAAGUGGUUACCUGCAGAAAAGCUAUUAGUUUCAAUCUUGCAAGGCUGAGCUAGAGGCAAAGUUUUUGAUCGUUCUUUGCCAAUAAUGGUCCUCUUUAAUCUUUAUGUAGAUGCUACCUACCUCUGAAGUUGUACGAAACUUUAGAAAAAUAAAAGGUACUUAUUUAGCCUUCCCAAUGAAUUCCUUCAUCUGUGAUCAUAAAAUCUCUCCCAAAACAAUCUUUAGGUUUUCAUUUCAUCGAUAGUUCAACUAAUAUGCAUAUCUAUUCUUGUU